AUGUUCAGAAAAAUAUACACAAAUAUAUCUAUAUAACUCAUAAAGCAAUUAAGAGAAGUAUCAGGUAAAUUUAAAUGUUUGAAUAUUAGGUUCACCUAUCAAUGAUUGUAAAAAAGCAUUAGAAUCAACAGAAGGUAAUUUUGAGAAGGCUAUACAAUAUUUAAAAGAAAGAGGAUUGGCAUAAGCAGAAAAGAAAUUGGGUAAUUAGACCAAAUAGGGAGUGAUUGUAGCCUUUACUAAUAAUAAAGUAGCUGCUCUAGCUGAAGUAUUUAUGAAUUUAAUAUGAAUAUAGAUUAAUUGUGAAACAGACUUUGUAGCCAGAACUAAUGAAUUUUUAGAAUUUUCGACAAAUUUUAUAAAAACAAUUGUUAAUCAAGAAAAAGAUUUUAAUAGUUCAAAUAUUGAUUCUGUUCUUAAGUAAAGCUAGAAUUAAGCUUACUUUGAAACAAGCAUAGAUGACAAACGUAAAUAAUUAGUAGGAAAAUUAUAAGAAAAUAUUGUGAUUGGUAAUUUGAAUGCAUUUGUAGCAACAAAUAAUAGUAAUAUAUCUGAAUAAUAUAUUAAGGUGUUUUUGGAGUGUAUUAACAUAAUUGUUUAAAAAAUACAAUCUGUGGAUUAGGAGGUAGCGUUGUUGAAUUAAUAACUGAAUAAGGAUUAAAUGAUGUGAAGUCUUAAAUUUUAAGAGAAGGAGCCAAUAAUUUAGCUGUUACUUAUUUAGGUUUGAAACCUAGAUUCUUAUAUGAAAAUGAGGUAGCUUCAGAUGUAGUUGAUUAAAUUAGAAAAGAAGUUUAGAAAGAAUUUGUAUCUAAAACUGCUCAAUAAUAAAAUUUUAUUUUAAAGGGCAAACUUUAAAAUUAUUAUUCAGAUAAUGUAUUUGAACACUAAGAAUAUAUCUUAAAUGAAGAUGAACCAUAGACUAUUAAAUAGUAUAUAAAAAAAGAGUUAGAAGAUGUCAUAAAAGAUAAAGUCAAAAUUGGAAGAUGUCUAUAUUUAACAAUAUGAUUUUA